ACAGAAUGAAGACCAUCAUGUUUUUUCCUCUUUUGCUUCUGUUCUGCUCUGUUUCAACAGAUCAGACAAAGGCAGAUAAGGAAAGUCUUGCCCAGGAGACUGUACUCAUACAACCCUGUUUACAGGACAUCCACGCUGUGCUGAGGGAGCUGACCGCCUCACAGGCUGAGCAGAAGGUGGAGAUCAGGUCCUUAAAACAAGAAAAUCAAGAGCAGAGAGCAAAGCUGGAGAGUCAGAAGACUGAACUGGAGAGUCAGAAGACUGAACUGGAAAGUCAGAAGACUGAACUGGAAAGUCAGAAGACUGAACUGGAAAGUCAGAAGACUAAACUGGAAAGUCAGAAGAGUGAACUGGAAAGUCAGAAGACUGAACUGGAGAGUCAGAAGACUGAGAUAAACCAGAUGAAGCAGGAACUAAAAGUCAAACAGGUGGCUUUCUCAGCCACUCUGCUGGCUAAAAGCUAUGAAGCUACUGGACCCUUUAACACACAGGUUACUCUGGUCUUCAAACAAGUUUUCACAAACACUGGAAAUGCCUACAACCCUAAAACAGGGAUUUUCACUGCUCCAGUGAGAGGAGUCUACCACUUUGACUGGAGCAUUUAUGGAGAUGGAAACGGUCCUGUAGGUGGUGUGCUGUUCAAGAAUGGAGAGCACAUUUAUCUUGCAUAUGAACAUCUAACAUCUGGUGGUGGGACUGCCUCUAAUGGGGCCUCCCUGCUUCUGGAGGCUGGAGAUCAGGUGUCUGUACGUCUGUGGGCUAAUUCAAGGAUAGUGGACAGUGAAAAUCGUCAUAACACCUUCAGUGGUCAUCUGAUAUUCACCAUGUGAGAGGUGUGACAGCUGCAAAACUUCCUGUGGGUGGAGCUUAGCCAUGUUUAGAAGUCAAACAGGAAGUAAAUCACCUGCUGGGAUCAGUUUCCUGCUCUCUCUCUGUCUGGUUGGGUUUUUGUUUUGUGUUUAUUUGUUUCUACUUUUCCUCUGAUUCUACUGACUCAGAUAAUCAACUUCUUCUUGUUACCUGUGAUUCACAUGAAUCCAGUUCAGUGCUCAGUGAUUCUCUGUGUCCUUUCUUUGAGUCGGGUCUUCAUAAAGUGACCUCCUCCAUUAGUAAUGACUAUUGUCAGAUAACUGACUGUAAACUUACUCGUGGAUUUCUUUAAAUUCAGUUUUUUCCUGUCUUUAGUUUCAAAAUAAA